CCGGUCAGGAUGAUCCGCGGCUGCACCGUCACCACCGACGACCUCCGCCUCAACACCGCUCUCAUUUAACCCCUCGCUCGGAGCUCCGCACACUGACCCCCUCCAUGCGCUGCCCUUCUCCUGAGAUGCACAAUUGGGACACGAUUUCCCGAAGCACAUCUCCGUCGUGCGUCGCCCCUGCUCGCUGAUAGAGAGCAUGCCCGACACGGGGACCGCGGCGGCGGCGGCGGCAGCAGCUGCCAGCGGCGCGGCCACCGUCGCCGGCGACGGCCCCGGGAGCAGCCGGCACCGACACCGAGCGCAGCAGGGAGACGCGGAGAGGCCGGAGCCGGGCGCCGCCGCCGCCGCAGCACCAGCCUCCUCCGGUGUACUGGAUAAGCUGUUUGGAAAGCGGCUGCUGCAGGCUGGGAGACACAUCAUGUCUCAUAAGUCUUGGAUGAAAACGGUGCCCACAGAGAACUGUGACGUCCUCAUGACAUUUGCAGACAGUACAGAUGACCACACGUUACUAUGGCUACUGAACCACAUCCGGCUGGGAAUCCCAGAGCUCAUCAUACAAAUCCGACAUCACAAGCGCACACGAGUCUACGCGUUCUUCGUCACCGCCACGUAUGAAAAUUUGUUGCGAGGUGCUGAGGAGAUGGGACUGAGGAAAGCAGUGAAGCCCGAGUUUGGAGGAGGAACGCGCAGCUUCUCCUGCGAGGAGGACUACAUCUACGAGAACAUCGAGAGUGAGCUGUGCUUCUUCACGUCACAGGAGAGGCAGAGCAUCAUUAAAUACUGGCUGGACAAUCUACGUGCCAAACAUGGGGAGGUGCUCCAUAAUAUCAACUUCCUGGAGGGCCAGCCAAUCAUCCCAGAGCUGAGUGCGCGAGGUGUGAUCCAGCAGGUGUUUCCUCUCCAUGAGCAGAGGAUCCUGGGUCAGCUGAUGAAGUCCUGGGUCCAGGCUGUUUGUGAGAAGCAACCUUUAGAUGAUAUCUGUGACUACUUUGGGGUGAAGAUUGCCAUGUAUUUCGCCUGGUUGGGUUUCUACACCACAUCUAUGUUGUAUCCCGCUGUGAUCGGCUUUGUGCUGUGGAUGCUCACUGAGUCAGAUCAGACGAGCCGUGACAUCUGCUGUGUGGUGUUUGCCCUGUUCAACGUCGUGUGGGCAACUCUGUUUCUGGAGCGGUGGAAGAGGAGGGGGGCUGAGCUGGCGUACAAGUGGGGAACUCUGGACUCGCCGUCUGAAUCCCUGGAGGAGCCACGGCCUCAGUUCCGGGGAGUCAAGCGCUGUAGUCCCAUAACAGGAUGUGAGGAGUUCUACUAUCCUCCAUGGAGGAGGCGUGUAUUCAGGUGGCUGGUCAGCCUGCCCAUCUGUAUCCUCUGUCUCUGUUUUGUCUUCCUGGUCAUGCUCAUCUGCUUUGAGCUGCAGGAAUUUGUGAUGGGGAUCAAGGAAAUGCCUCGGCUAGCUCGCUUCAUCCCCAAAAUAAUGCUAGCCAUCACUGUGACGGCAUGUGACGAGGUGUACAGGAAAAUCGCCUGCUGGCUCAAUGACAUGGAAAACUAUAGACUCCAGAGUGCCUAUGAGAAAAAUCUCAUCAUCAAAAUGGUUCUUUUUCAGUUUGUAAAUUCUUAUCUCAGCCUUUUUUACAUUGGAUUCUACCUCAAAGACAUGGAGCGUCUGAAAGAGAUGCUGGCCACUCUGCUCAUCAUACGCCAGUUCCUUCAAAAUGUGAAGGAGGUGCUGCAGCCUUAUCUGUAUGAGCGCCACAAGCUGGGCGAGCUCUCACUGCGAGCCAUGUGGGACCUGCUGCUCUCAGUGCUGCUGAAAUAUGCCCGGCUGGCAGCUGGGAAAGCCCAGGUCUCUCCCACUGACCAGCCCAUGCCAGGACCUGGACUGAGGGGCACUCGACCUGGGGUGGGGCAGACAGAGAGGAGGGAAAAGAAGUGUUUAAAUGGGGGGUGCGGGGUGCCCGAUGAAGAGGAGGGAGGUGAGAGAGACGAGGCCGACAGUGGGAGGUUCAGUGAAGGAGAGACGGAGGAGGAAAGUCUGAUCGACUGUGGAUUGAAGCUGAGGAAAGUCAGCUUCAUAGAGAAGGUGGACAGAAGACCCGUCUGCACUGGACCCCCCAUGGACAACAGUUUCCUGGAGGAGGGGAGCCCCACCAUGGUGGAAAAGGGAAUGGACCCGGCCUCUGUGUUUGAAAUGUGUGACGACGACGAUGAUAAUGACAUCCAUGAUGUGAAGGAGUCUGGUGGGGGAGGGACAGGUGCUGCUGAGGGAAUUAAUGCUGCUGCUGCUGCUGCUGCCAGCGCUGCUCCACCUCCCUCUGGCUCUGAGAGCAGCACGUCACUGCGACACAGGAGAAGAGGCAGGAGCGUAGAGAGACCUGAGCCUAAAGCCAAAAGGGAAUCGUGGAUGGACCCACCUGAAGAGAGGGAGAGCACCACGCUCACUCAGGCUGAGAUGGAGAGCUGCAUGCAGACUUAUGCUGACACCUUCCAGGACUACCAGGAGAUGUUUGUCCAGUUCGGAUAUGUGGUGCUCUUCUCCUCUGCCUUCCCCCUGGCGGCCAUGUGCGCGCUCAUCAACAACAUCAUAGAGAUCCGCAGCGAUGCCUUCAAGCUCUGCACUGGCCUGCAGAGGCCGUUUGGACUCCGAGUGGAGAGCAUCGGCCAGUGGCAGACUGCAAUGGAAGCCAUGGGCCUGAUCGCCAUCAUAGUGAACUGUUACCUGAUUGGUCAGUGUGGUCAGCUACAGCGUCUCUUCCCGUGGCUCAGCCCGGAGAUGGCCAUCAUCUCCAUCGUCAUCCUCGAGCACUUUGCCAUUCUCCUGAAGUACAUCAUCCAUGUGGCCAUACCUGACAUUCCCACAUGGGUCCAAGAGGAGAUGGCUAAACUGGAUUAUCAGCGCAGGGAGGCCUUUAAGAAGCACGAGCGACAGGCGCAGCAGCAUUACCAGCAGCUGCAGAGGAGGAAGAGGGAGGAGGAGGAGAGGCAGAGGCAGGCGGAGCAUAUGGCCCGGAGGGAGAGGGAGCGGGACGACAGUAAGGGUGACUCCUCUGGGGAUCACCACCAUGACAAAAGUCACAGCAGCAAAUCGCGCCCCGGCGGUGGAGGAGGCGGGGGGUCCGACAAACCCAAGAGGCCCAGCUCUCUGCUGGCCAACAACAAUGUGAUGAAGCUGAAGCAGAUCAUCCCGCUGCAGAGCAAGUUCUCCUCGGGUGGCGCCCGCUCCCCGCAGUCACCCACCGGCAACGAGCCAAAGCUUCCUGGGUUCCUGAGCUUCAAAUUCCUCAAGUCCCCUGAGAACAAGAAGGACGGUGCUGUGGCGUCUGCAUCUGCCGCCACAGCCACCAAUUCCACCGCAACGGCAUCAUCAUCAUCAUCUUCAUCAUUAGGUAGCAGCUCUCAAGAGCGUUCUCAGUCACCCAGCAAAGCCUUCAACCCUGGGAAACUGUUUAACUUUGGGAAAUCAGAGGGAGGGACGUGUGUGAACGGGGCUCCGCUGCCCAGACCCGGGGAGGGGGCGUCAUCACAGACAUCAGAAAGACACAUUUCCAGGUCUGACUUGAAUGGCGUUCCAGACGAGAUCCCCUCGCCUGGAGGGGAAGAGUCUGAGAACGGACCUUCAACAGACGUGGACGGCUCUAAAGUUUAGUCGCUCCAGAGAGAACAAAACUCGUCUCAACUGAGGAAGCGACGUGUUUACUGUGAGCAGAAGCUUGACCUACCUGCUGAAUCGUCAUAGGUGGCGUGUAGACGUACCUGAAGCAGGGAGAGGAAACAAUGAGAUGAUGAGAGGUGACUGGAGUGUUGGUUUAUUUUGCUGAGAGACAAAAAAAACAGGCUUUAUGAGAAAGACGUUGCUACGAUGACCGAAUAAACUCACAUGCUCACAAACACACACACGAUCCUUUACACACACACACACACAGACAAACAUACAAACCCUUCCUUGUCUGCAAUACAUAAAGAAAUGCAUGAGCUGCGUUUCUUAUAUUUUCAAGCCUUUAAAGCAGAGAGCUGUGUUUCUUGAUUUUUUUUUUUUUUUUUUAGUCAGAAAUUGUAAGCAUCUCUGUGGCCUCCCACUCGGACAUAUCAGCAUGCUGCAGAGGAAAACAGUUUUAAAAACGUGGUGUGAAAGGAUCUACGAUUGUACAUGCGAUAACUACUGAGAGUCUUCUUUAGCCCUCACAACACCAGUGAGGAAUUCUUGGGCCCCUCACUUUUGUAUUGAAGUGAGAAAAAAAAAAAGUAAAAGCAAUAUCAAUCAAUGUUUUUAAUUAUUCCUAUCAAUCAUCACUCCAAACCCUCCCUUUAUAGACAUCCCCGAUAAAUCACCAGCUUUAUUUUCAAAGCAGAGGUGAUGUCUGCGCUUCACCCUCUGGCAGAAUCAGAUUUGUUCGAAGAGAAAGUAGUCAAGUGAAGGAGAGACAAGAAAAGGAAAAUAAAAACAUUAAUAAAAUUAAGUAGAUGAUGAAAAUAAAACUGGAGCACAGAGGCCUGAGCGCUGUUCUCCAUCCACGCCUGUAGACAGACGGAGCUCCAUUCCACACACUCUAACCAGACUUGGCAAAACGAGCAUAGAAAAAAAACAUUUGCACUAGACCCUGACGCCCUGCAUAGAAACAAACCUCUCUCUACCGGUGAGAGAGCGCUGUCACCAGCCUGCCUCCUGACAUUAUGCAAAAGCUGGAUUGUUUGUUCCCCUCCUCUCACCCGUCCCUGCUCUCAGCUAUAUGGAACUUUCCUAAAUAUUCAGAAGAGGCUUUUAGAAAAAACAAAACAAAAUAGCUGCUCUUAUUUUAUGUUGAGCUUUAUCUUUUUUAUACGCAUCAUCUGCUGAUGUUGGAGAUUUCCUUUUUUUUUUUUUUAACCAAAGUGUUAUUUUAUUCGGAUUAUACUGUUAUCCCAUCAUGUAUUUUCUGUAAAUUCUGUUUGUAAAAUAGAUUUUCCGCAAAGUACGGAAGCCCAUCAUCAUCUACCAUUAAUUAAACCGGUAUUUCUCUUCUACAGUCUCUCCAGAAGGGGGCGCCACAGUGAACUGUUUAAACAGUGAAAUGGGUACAGAGUCAACCACGAGUAGAAAUAAGCAGUUAGUCAUCAGAGUGUCUGGUUGCAGGAGGACUGUGAAAGUGAAAUGCAUCAUAGCGUCUAACACAGUAACAAAGGUUUCAGUGGCCAUCGCCCUGUAGGUUGAGACGCAGUAACAUUAACUAUGCAUUUCCACGCUGUCACCUCUGGCAAUGAUUUUGGCAAUAACUAAGUUGUUGAAGACUUUUCCCCUCCCCCCCAUGUGCAGCACCACUUCCUACUGCUAUACCCCGAGCCAGACUCUAUGCAUCUUUUGUUUUUUAACGUUCAGUGACAGCUCUGUCAGCCCCGUCCCCGUCUCAUAUUUGAUGUGCAGAAACAGUUAAUCUCAUCCAUCCCCAGUUUUGUGUUUACAGAAUCCGCCCGUCCUAGGGGUGCUGAGGACACCGGGCUCCAAACUGGUUUUUAUGUUGCGUUGCUGCUUUUGUAACUUUACAGUGAGCAAAGUUAAACUUAGUCAUGCGCCAAAAUAGAAUUCAGAAACGUACUUCCACAGAAGGACAAAAAUAUCUUGCUGACAUUGAAUGCAAUAAGGAAAACAGAACAUGUGGGUGGUGGCAGUAUGGUAUUACUGUAAAUCUGCAGUAUGUUCUUUUUAUAUUCGGGAGUUAUGUUCUUUGUAAGUGUAAAAUGAGAAGAGAAAAUGCUGAAAGACAUUUGAUAUCCUCGGUGUCUCCUUGUUUUGUUCUCACUGGAAAACUUCAGAACAGCAGCUGAGCAUAAUUUCAUCCAACCUUCUAUUCUUGCAGCAUCAGGGACGAAUAACUCCAUGAUGCAAAAGAGUCGAUUCAUCAUCGUUUGGAUGUUUUUGUAGAGAGGACAAGCCAGUGCUCUGGUGGAGGUAACUGGAGUGAGAGGGCAAAUAUGAGGGCGUUUGCUGACUCCUGAAAAUCACAGGGGAGUUUAGAUCAUCCCUUGAUUUGUAUGUAGUUCCUCCUUAAUCAGGGAAAACUGGGCACAAUUAACCAAUUUUCUUCCUUGAGCUAUUGUUAGCAGCACCAAAUGUUGCAUAUUGUUUAAACUGAGGUCUUUAAAUUUGCAUUAACUGAAGUAAAGUAUCAGAUUUUGAAUAUGUUAGUGACUCGGGCCAAGCACAGGCGUCAGCUCAGACUUCAUCAGUCGUCUUUAAUUCACUAUCAAAGCAGCAGCUCUUGUAGGAAUUUACUGUAUCCACACUUUACAAGUCAAAUCAGUGGGAAAGGACUGAGUGAAUUUAGUAAACGUUCUGUCUACUGGACGAUAAGUGUCUGAACAGGUGAGAUUCUCACCACAGCUUCAUUAAAAAAAAAAAAAAAACCCGACCCUCAACCUCAAAGAUUAAAAGAAGUCAUCUUUGUGGAAGCCUCACUUACUGAACAUCACAUGCUCUUCCAAUGUACCACUGUACAAAACAAAUCUUUUAAAGAAAAAUACUGGGAAAUGGGACUAUUUAUUUCUUUUAAUUUAUUUUGUCAUAUUUUUGUA